AUGCUUAAGCACGUGGCCGGUCCAGACACACAAAAAGAGUUGAAAGAGUUUAGAGAUGUCUUGGCGACUUGCUACGGCCCUCACGGAAGAGUGGCUCUACUCCAGCCAGUGGCCAGUGGUCACGUGACCAUUACUAGCCAAUCAGGGAAGGUAUUUCAACUAUUGGAUAGUCUCAAUCCAGUAUUAAGGAUACUCACUGGGUCUCUCUCAACUUAUUCUCAGCGUCACAAAGAUGCAGCAAAACUGGCCUCGCUGCUUACAACAAAUAUUAUAUUGAAUUGUUUUGCUCUUGAUUGUCCAAGAAGACAGAUCUCAGAUAUCAUAGAUCACAUAUUAACUGAAUGUAUCGAAAGGGUUCGUACUCCACCAUAUGUCAUUACCUGUGAUUGGUCUUCAGUUUCUCAUUUGAUGAGUGUUACUAGGACACUUUUAUCUUCUCAUUCUCUCUCGUCUUGUUUUAAUAACGAAGAAUUGAAUCACUUCUCAUCUGUGUUGUUACAGGCUUUUCUUCAUGUUGCAGUCCCUAGCAACUCAAAGGACGACCAUGGAUCAUUAUCUAUACAAAAUAAAAUACAUGUCUACCUCAUCAAUGAGAUUCAAUGCCCAUGUACCAAGCUCUACCAUGGACUAUUAAUAGAAGAAAUGCUCUCUAUUGGUUUUGAUAGAGAAAUGACAUUAUCUUUGGCCCAUCAUGACUUUAGACGUGAUAAAAAUGGACAUAUCUCAGUGGCUGUGUUUAAAAUAUCAUUAGCAGGAGAUGAAGAUGAUGGCUUUAAGAAUAAAACCUCGUUCGAGGCAUCAAUUUCUUCUCAGGUUUCUGCCAGUAGAAUGAUAGCUGAUGCUAAGAAGGAGGAGCUUUUAGAAUUGGGAGCCACCUUAUUUAAUAGUGGAGUUGGACUAGUCCUGUGUCAGAAAUGUGUCCAUCAUUCAUUGAGGGAAUAUUUAGAAGGGAAAGGUGUCCCCAUUAUAGAGAGACUAGGUCUUCCUUAUAUCGAUCCAGUUAUUGAUCUAACUGGAGCUGUCGUCAUUAAUUCUUUAUCUGCUACAAUUUCUCCUCAACUUUUUGGACAUUUGAAGUCUGUAACUGUACAAGUCAUUGGAGACAAACAGUUUAUAUUAUUAGAAGGCCCAUCUCCUCAUGCCACCAUCAUUCUGCCAUUUUUAUUAGAAAUAGUUGGUGAGGAACUAAAAUCUGUCGUCAAAUCUACAAUAAAUAUACUUGAAGAUUUAUUAUAUAAUCCACAACUCGUUAGUGGUGGUGGGUGUGUACUAACUCAACUUGCAAGCUUCAUAACUAAACAGGCUGAAUGCGUUGAUGAUGAAUUAUGUGGCAGACUAAUGAGUUCAAUUAAUACUUAUCUUGCAGUGUCUAAUGCUCUCUCCACCAGUCUAAAGCAAUGUGCUGCAGCUCUUUAUCACAACAAGAGAGACUCUGUAACUCUCACAGACUCCUUGUUCAAUCACUGCUGGUCUUUUCCCCACUCUCAUUCCUCUUACACUCAUUUUGAUGCAAGCAGGACCUGCUCCUGUGGCAGAGUGUCUUUUGCUUCUAUAGAAGGAGAACAGUCUGCAGUUGUUCCUCUUUGGUCUACUGUUAAUAGCUGGAAAGGUCUCCCAACACUUAUUCCUGAGACAUUAGAGCAAAGUCUAUUGACAGAUAGCACUCUUUGUUACUCCAAAAUCUCACCUUCUCUCUUUCUCUCAGACUCACUCUCUGGCACAGCUUCUGCUAUCACUUUUGCUAAAGACCUUUCAACUCUUAUCAUAAGAACUCAUUCAACUUUAUUUUAAAUGAUUAAUUUUUCAUUUAAAUGAAAUGAAUAUACAUAGUA